AUUUGGUUACUUUGGCAACUGUGCCACCCUGUGCAAAAUCCAAACAAACGGUUAUUUUCUGUUGUCAAAACUUAUUUGAGUCAAACCAAAAAUCAAAAUGGAACCCGAAACACAUUCCAUCAAAAUCAAACGCAGCAAGAAAAAACAUAAAACACAAACAACGCGCGCAUAUCGUAAGUCCGAAAGGGAAGUCCAGCAAUUGCUGUCCCAAAGCGAAAAAGUCGCUGCACCUCAAACAGCUUCUGAGGAUUUUGAAACGCGCAGCUUAAAGUUUUUCCACUAUGCCGAACUGGCAGAAUCUGCUGACACCACAACUUGUGAGAAGGAAAGCCCAAAUAGAGGAACAUCUCCGCGUUAUUUAGCAGCUAGCUUCUUACAAAUCGAACUGUCCGAGCCGCCAGUUGUGUCCGCCCAGCUUCACAGACAACGGCAUCAUUAUGACGACACUUUGUUGUAUGAGCCCAGCAGUCGGCUGCAUCUGCCACUGCAGUUCAUUGAAUGCGAGCCGCAGCUGAAGCCCUGUCAGAUACGUAUGCUGAAUCGCUAUCAGGAGGAGGCCAGAGGCACUCAAAAAUCCGGCAAACUAAAUGCCGGGCUCCUCACACAACUCACAGACUGUGAAUCGGGCCGUUUUAUCAUCGAUGCCACACUUUAUCGCAGCAAUUGUCCGAAGAUGUUUAAAAGCGUUUUUCUGGCACCUGUGCCGUUGGCUCAGUUCCAGGGACUGCCCAUGAGCCGCUGCCUGAAAUUGUGCCUCAAACAGCUGCGCUUCAGCGAACACCCGCAGCUGCUCGAAGAGCAUCGGCUAGCGCAACAACUGGAAGAUCUCUACGAUCUAUACAUGUAUAAUGUAAAGAAUCACAUUUGUAGUAAGCUGCGGGAAGAGUUGCAAAUAGCUCGCAAUGUGGCUGCCCGAUUGAUCGAUGCCAGCAAACAACAGCAGCAGCAGCAGCAGCAGCCGUCGCAGCUGGCGAUGCACGUGCAACGCCAGUUGCAUUUGACGCAGCAGCUGCGAAGGCGCUACUAUGCCGAGUCCACGGCACAGCGUGUGCUGCUGCAGCGUCUGCUCGCACAGUGGGCCAAAUUGAAGGAGUUGCGUAAACGGCAGCAGUUUCGCUGCACGCGCUUCAAGCUGAGCCUGCGCCUGGUGCCGCCAAUUGACUUGGACGCCUCCUGCUCGCUCUGGAAGCAACGUUUCGAGGCGGAUCUGGCUGAGGUGUAUCGCGAGCACCUGGAGCUGUACUAUCAGCGGCGUCGCAUUUGGCACAGCAGCGAACAGUCCUCAGUGGCGCACACGAAACCGCCGCGCAAGCCGCAGUUCACGGAGAUCAUGGAGUCUCUUAAGUUGGAGUAUGAGCGUGCCUUUCAGGAUCCAGAGGAGCCGGAAGUGUUUGUGCAGCGUCUGUCCGCGGACGAGUCGGCGCCUGAUGCCAACAGCUCACAGCACAAGGCGGCGGCGGCGACGGCAGCUAGCAAUCAGCUGAACCUGGAUCGCAGCUACUACUUAAAGAUCUACUUGGACAGUCAGUUUGUGGCACAGUCGCGCACCUAUCGCCUGGAGCCGGAUCUGCAUGUGGACGUGAAUGAGACUAUUGGCGUGCUGCUGAAUCGCACCAAUCCGGAGCAGCUAAACAUUUGGCUGUAUGAGAAAUCGGUGGUCACGUCGCAUAGCCGCCGAUUGGCGCUGAUAAACGCUCCGCUGCAGGCGACGCAAAGGGGCAAGUCGGAGCAGAAAUUGGGCUUCGAGGUGAUGUCAUCGGCGACAGCAUUGCGCCCCAAGCUAGCUGGCGAUCUCUACAUGCACAUUGAUUACUAUUGUCCUGAUGGCGGCAGCAGCAAUGAACUGGACGAGGUGCAGCUGUUGCCGCAGGCGCUGCGACAAACGUUGCUAGUCGCUGCUGGCAGACGCGGCAAUGCCAGGCGUGCUGCCAAGUGGGCAGCUGGCAGCUCCACGCCGCUAAUCUUCGCGGAUCGUCAAAUGCUGUUGUGCAGCAUUGAGGAGCUCCUGCAGAAUCGCCGCUUUCAGCUGCUCUACUCGCGCCACCAGCAGCGCAAUUUUCAUACCAAACAGCUGAGCUUUGUGCCCGCUUUGGAGCACGAAAUUGUCGAACUGGAGGAGCAUGGGCCCAAUGAAAAUGUUGGCCAACUGCUAGAUCCGGGCACUGUGUGGGAUCCGAUCGAUCUGCACAAGCAUCGCGGACGCAAGUAUUUGCAAUUGCUAUACGAAACCAUAAUUAGUCAGUGCGCCCAACGGGCCAAGCUGCUGCAAACCCCAUUGCCGCUGCUCCAGCUAUUGGGCGAUGGCAGCCCAGAGCACGCCACAAGCUGGUCAACACUUUGGCGUGCGCUUUGCUCCAUUUUUGUUGGCCAACCGGCCAGUCCAAGUCGUGAGCCCGCGUGGCAGCCACAGCCGACAUGCGGCGCGGAUCUGGUGCAACAGUUUAACGUCUCAUUGCAUGUGGUGCGUGCAACGGGUGUUCCAGUGCGCAGUCGCCACAUUCUCAACGUCGAGCAGCACGGACGACGCCGCAGCAGCGCCGGCACCGGCAAUGAUCUUAGCGCCAGCCUGUUCGUUACGCAAACGCUGAUGUACUCCAAUGUGCGUCCUUUUAUAACGCUGAGCUAUGGCCAGCGACUGUGUCGCAGUCGUACGGCAGAAGGUUCGAAUCCCACGUGGAAUGAGCAUCUGCAGCUGCAGCUCACGGGCCAACUGAGCGAACUGCGUGACGAUCUAAAGAUAAGCCUGUUCGACGAACUGAUCGAGCAGCAGUACACGGAUGAGGCGUCCGAUCUCUACCAGCGCGUGCAGUGCAAUUGGCUGGGCGAAUAUCGUGUGCCCAUCAGCAGUCUCUUGACCAGUCGCAAGUUCGAGGGCUGCAUUGAGCUGUGCAUGCCCAAGGUGCUGGUCGGCUACAAGCGACCGCUGAUCGACUCCGUGACCAAUAUAUCGGUCGAGCAAUAUCCGGAGUUCAAGGAGAGCGUGCAUCUCUGGUUCUAUCUGAGCGUUGAGCCCGGCAAUCAGGUGACGCCCCUUCAAAUUGGCGGCCUGGCAUGCGCCGAGCUGCCGGAGCUGCAGCAAUUUCUGCGCGAGCGACGCCUGGAGGUGCAGCAGCUACUGCCGCAGCCGCAGCGUUAUGUGGAGCCAUUGGUUUGCACGUCGCAUGGCAAACGCGUAAGCCUGACGCGUCUGCUGGAGCCAGUGCCGCUGCCCAGUGAGACGCAGCUGGAGCGCAUCUGUCGUUUUGUCUCCUUGCUGUGCCCGGUGCGCAGCACGCUGGACGCUUGCCAGAACUUUCAGGGCGUUUGGCUAGACAAUCAAACGGUCCUGGAUAGCACCUGGUGCUCUGUCAAGGAUCUGGGCGUGCUGUUGUGCAACUAUAUGCUGUCCUUGGGCCUCGAGUGCUGGCUGCUGCUGGGACUGGCCUGCCCCUAUGGAGAGUGCACCUUUGUCACCUACCGACAUCCGGACAGCGGCGAGCUGUUGCUUGUGGCGCCCACCACUGGCAAACGCUACCAGCCACAGGAUAUCUUCUGCCCGCUAACGCGCGUGUAUUCACUGGUGUCGGCACAAAACAUCUAUAUCAAUAUACAAGCGGAAGAGCGCGUGAGCAUGACCAAUUUUAAUGUGCAGAACAGCGAUUGCUGGUUGCCGGUGUUCAACAAGCGCCAGGAGGCGCCACAGUGCGGCAUCCAAAAGCUCGACUAUGUGUACAAGCGCAGCUACGAGCUGAGUCAGCUGCAGAAGCACAUCGAGCGCAAGAUCAUGAAGAAGAUAAGCGCCUGGCGCGCCACACGCAAAACGUUUUGGAAUCGUGCCUUUCAGCCGCGCCUGCUGAGAAUCUUAGCUGAAAUGGAGAAUCUGAGCACAUUCACCAGCAAUCGCUACGAUGAGCCUGCCUUCAGUGAGGAGCUGGAGCGCGAAUACCCCAACUUUAGGCUUUAUGGCUUCACCAUAAACUUUGCCUACACCAACCUGUCGGCGAUAUCGGAGCGCAUUCGCACUAGCUGCAUACACUAUAACAACAACGCAGCUGUCGAGUUCUGUGUGGCGGUGCAUAUCAACGCGUAUGCGAACGAUGUGCUAUCCGUAUGGGUGUUCCUGCUGUCAAUAGUGCCACUGGUCGCCUGAUUGAUUGGCUAU